UCCGUGCUAACUGCAAGUGCCUCAUACUCUUGUUCCAUAAACGUGCAUCAUGGAUCCACCAACUGAAAACGAUGAAUUUCAGUUACCUCUGUACGACCAGAUAGAUUUCACCGACCCGCAACCAUCAACAAAGGAUAAGAACGGCGAGCGUAAAAUGACAGAAGGAAGAAAAUCAGUGCAGCAUUUUGCAGCGCGGUGCAGAAAGCAGUGCAAUUUUCUUCACUGCUUUGAAAUAGUCUGCAUCAUCAUCCUGACAACCUGUGUAGUGCUACUCUACCUCGACAGUAAGAAGCUGUUGAGUCCAGCUGAAGAAAGCGCUGAAAUUAAGAAGCUGAUGAGUCGUGCCGAAGAAAGCGCUGAAAUUGUGAGUAUUAGUUUGCAGUUGUGA